AAAGUGGUUCAGUGCGCUCCCUAGGCAGCUGCAGUUCCUGGGAACGUGCGACAAGACCUGCAGACACGCUGACGCCUCAGAGCACCGCCUGGGGCCCGGAGCGGCCGGUGCAGCCUGAGUCCUGACCCCGGCCCGGCUCCCGCUCCGGGCUCGGCCGGCGGGCGUAAGGGCGCGGCGGGGUCCGGGCCGGGGGGAUGUCUCGGCGGACGCGCUGUGAGGAACUGGAUGAGUUACGCUACCAGGACACGGACUCAGACCUCCUGGAGCAGAGAGACAACAAAUGUAAGGUCAAAUGGACCCACGAGGAGGAUGAGCUACUGAGGGCCCUGGUGAGGCAGUUUGGACAGCAAGACUGGAAGUUCCUGGCCAGUCACUUUCCUAACCGCACAGACCAGCAAUGCCAGUACCGGUGGCUGAGGGUUUUGAAUCCAGACCUUGUUAAGGGACCGUGGACCAAAGAGGAAGAUCAGAAGGUCAUUGAGCUGGUCAAGAAGUACGGCACAAAACAGUGGACGCUCAUUGCCAAGCACCUGAAGGGCCGUCUUGGGAAGCAGUGUCGUGAGCGCUGGCACAACCAUCUCAACCCUGAGGUGAAGAAGUCCUGCUGGACAGAGGAGGAAGAUCGGAUCAUCUGUGAGGCCCAUAAAGUGCUGGGCAACCGCUGGGCUGAGAUCGCCAAGAUGCUGCCAGGGAGGACAGACAAUGCUGUGAAGAAUCACUGGAAUUCCACCAUCAAAAGGAAAGUCGACACGGGAGGGUUCCCAAACGAGUCCAGAGACUGCAAGCCUGUCUACUUGCUCUUGGAGCUCGAGGACAAGGAUUACCAACAGAAUGUCCAGCCUGUGGAAGGCCCGGGAAGUCUUGUGAGCAGCUGGCCCCUGGCGCCCUCUACUGUGAAGGAGGAGGAGAGCAGCGAGGAGGAGGCUGCCGUGGCUACUACUUCUAAGGAACACAAGCAGGAGCCCGUCCCCACUGAUCUGGGGGAAGUGCGCACCCCAGAGCCCCUGGAAUUCCUCAAGCGUGAAUACCAGGAGGAAUCCUCCCCAGAAACAAGCCUGCCCUACAAGUGGGUGGUGGAGGCCGCGAACCUCCUCAUCCCUGCUGUGGAGUCCAGCCUCUCCGAAGCUCUGGACUUGAUCGAGUCGGACCCCGAUGCUUGGUGUGACCUCAGUAAAUUUGAUCUUCCUGAAGAACCGUCUGCAGAGGGCAGUGUCAACAGUAGCCCAGUGCAACUCCAGACACCGCAGCAGCAGCAACAGCACCAGCAGGCACUGUCAUUCCACCAGGCUGCCACACCAGGGCCCAGUGUGACUGAGUAUCGCCUUGAUGGCCACACUAUUUCAGACCUGAGCCGGAGCAGCCGGGGAGAGCUGAUCCCCAUUUCCCCAAGCACUGAGUUUGGGGGCUCAGGCAUUGGCACACCGCCCUCAGUGCUCAAGCGACAGAAGAAACGGCGCGUGGCCCUGUCGCCUGUCACAGAGAACAGUGCCAGCUUGUCCUUCCUGGACUCCUGUAAUAGCCUUACCCCGAAGAGCACACCUGUCAAAACCCUUCCCUUCUCUCCUUCCCAGUUUCUGAACUUCUGGAACAAACAGGAUACCCUGGAGUUGGAGAGCCCCUCCCUGACGUCCACUCCGGUGUGCAGCCAAAAGGUGGUAGUCACCACACCCUUGCACAGGGAUAAGACGCCCCUGCACCAGAAGUAUCCAUCGUUUGUAACCCCAGAUCAGAAGUAUUCCAUGGACAACACUCCCCACACACCAACCCCGUUCAAGAAUGCUCUGGAGAAAUAUGGACCACUGAAACCCCUGCCCCAAACCCCACACCUGGAAGAGGACUUGAAGGAGGUGCUUCGUUCCGAGGCUGGCAUUGAGCUCAUCAUUGAGGAUGACAUGAGACCCGAGAAACAGAAGAGAAAGCCUGGGCUCCGGCGAAGCCCUAUCAAGAAGGUUCGGAAGUCUCUGGCUCUUGACAUUGUGGAUGAGGAUGGGAAGAUGAUGUCAUCGACCUCGCCCAAGACUCUGUCCUUGCCAACCAGUGUCCCAUCCAGCUCCUCUGGCUUCAUCUUGCCGGGUAUCAAGGAGGAUAACAGCCUGCUCAACCAGGGCUUCCUACAGGCCAAACCCGAGAAGGUGGUGGCCACCCAGAAGCCCCGGAGCCACAUUCCAGCCCCUGCUCCUAUGACCCGUGCCUGGAAGACGGUGGCCUGUGGGGGCACUAAAGACCAGCUCUUCAUGCAAGAGAAGGCCCGGCAGCUCCUGGGCCGUCUGAAGUCCAGCCACACAUCUCGGACCCUCAUUCUGUCCUGAGGGGCUUGCAGGGAACAAGCCAGCUCUCAUGUUUACAGGGGUAGGGUGUGGGGUAAGGUGUGCGUUGAAGUCACAUUAAAUGACCAGCUUCAGGAAGUCUUCUGCCAGCCCCUCAGUCUGCUCAGGUGGCAGAAGUCACAUGGUACAUCUCUUCCCCCGGUCUAGCCUUUGUGAAGUUCCUGGUGGUGCUAAUAGAACAAAGUCCCACUCCUGGGCCUGCCUGCCCUCCGCCCAGUGCCACAAGGAGCCCUAUUAGGUUCUCCCAGGCUCUCAUCCAGACUCCUGCUUAGGAUGGGGGUGUGGCGAGGGGUGCUCCUUCCCUCGUUUGUUGGUACACUGUCUCCACAAUAAAAUACCGUUCUCCCUAUGCAGCCCCGACUCUGCCCUCUGAGUCUUGAAGUGCCUUGAAGGCCCUCUCCUGACACGUAGGCCUGUAGACCUCUGUUCUUGGGUACAGCUUUACCCAGUGAGCAUCUCUGCAAAGCUCCCAAGAGCUCUGAGUGGAUGAAGAUGGGUUCUGAGAACCUGUUAGAACGGUGUAUUCACCUUUGCCCUGAUGCCUCAGGGCCAUGGCUUGGGGCAUGGGUGGUUCUUAUGGCUUCCACGGAGCAGCUGCUGCCUUAAGCCGAGCCUGCCAUAGGUAAGACCAUUAAUAUAGGUAGAGGGAUGGAUGGCAGGCCUUUCGACUCUGGCCAAUGUGUGGAAGGCUGCCCAGCUCCUGGAUCUUUUAUCCUGAAUUGGUGGCAGCCAUGGCCUGGGCUGUCACCUCCCUUGGAGUCAGUGGGUAGAGCGUGGUCCAUAGUUCAGUCAGUUAAGAGCUUGACUAGGGAGAUGCUGAGCCUAAUGUCUACGUUAGGAAGUGUUGUUUUCUGUAGCCUGCCUGGGUGUCCCUGGGUUGGGAGUUAGAUGGACCUAUGGGAGGUCUAGACUUAGUCCUGGUUAAAGGGAGACUUGAGGCAAAUGUUCUCCAACUGGGCAAGAGAUAACGUCUGAAGAAGACUGCGCUAGCACACCGGAGUCCAGGCGCUCUCCUGUAAAAGAUACGGGAGCCGGGCUGUGCUCUCACACUGUGCCUACUGCAGCCUCCUUGUCUGAGCCCCAUGCUCAGUGAGCAGCACCUGCCUCACCCCUGGCUCUCUAGUUCUUUUCUCAGAAUGGCUAAGGCGACUAGCAGCCACGCGUGUGUGCGGUCUGUGCUUGAGAAGGCAUGGUGGAGGACAGGCUGUCAAGCAGAGGAUAAAGGCUGCUGGUGCCUACCAGGCUCUCCUACAGUCGGGGCUCUCUAAGGGGUGCCGCAGCCUGCAUUUAGGGGGGCUCUUUUAACCCUGGAAUUUCCUCAUAGACACACGCAAAUGUGUGCCUUCUUGUCAGCCAAGUUGACAAUAAAGAGUAGCAAAUUGU